GACAGUUUGAUAUUUAAAUGAACAACCAAUGAGCGUCGAGAUAAUUUCUGAUUGGUUAAAAGGUUUGUUUACAUCUGAAAUUGUCAACAAGUUCGAAAACACUUGAUCGUUUUCCUCAUUUUUCAUCGAUUUUUCCCGUAAUUUUAUCAUGAGCUGCGUUUUGGACGUCUCAGCGCUGUACCAUUUACGUGUAAAAAUCCCCAAAUAUCAAGCGGAGCCCGUCGUGAAGCCAAAUUCAGUUGAAAAUCCAUCAAUUCGUCGCUUUCAAUGUUGUGAAAAGCUAUUUUCGGACCUCUCAAGUUUGUGUUUGCAUCAAAUGAGUCACGAAAAGGAGAAAACUCCCUUUGAAAAGUUCCUCGAGAACGAAAAUAAGCGCGAAGGACGACAAAAAUCCAAGUUGGAAUGCAAUUUUUGCGGAAAAUUGCUGAGUUGCGAGGCGGCGAGAAAAGUUCAUGAGCGAACGCAGCACAAGGAAGGCGGUCACACAUGCAAAUAUUGCGGAAAAUUCUUCGGGAUCAAAGUUAAUGGCUUGACACAUGAGAAAAGGAUGCAUCGGAUGGAAGAAAGUCUCAUCACGCCCUUUAAAUGUGAGAUUUGCGAACAAGGAUUUACCAAAGAAUUUAACUUCGAUCAACACAUGAAGAGACACAAAAACGGCGAAAUUGACGACUUGAAUUCCGAGCAAACGUGCGAAACGUGUCAAAAAAGCUACAAAUCCAAGCGAGACUUGAACCGACACAUUCGCCGGAUGCACCAAUCGAGUCUCUGGACCUCAUAUACGUGUCAAUAUUGCGGCAAAUUCUUCUCCCGUAAGGCAGAUGGACAAGUUCACGAACGAAAAGUGCAUCGACAACUCGUCGAAAGUUCAAAAGAAUUCAAAUGUCAGUUCUGCAUUCGUGGCUUCGAUACCGAAAAAUAUCUCCAAUUGCACGAGGACAACCACAAAAACGGAGAAUUGACGUGCAAAACAUGCGGCAAGGAAUUUUAUUAUCAAGCUCAGUGCAAAACGCAUGAAAAUUAUUGCGGCGAAGAAGAAGAAAAAUACAUUUGUCACUAUUGCAGCAAAGAAUUUGCCCGAAAAGGUGCCUUGUUACCGCAUUUUGCGAGUCAUUUUGAUAUUUUUAAAUUUUCUUGUGAGCAGUGUGGGAAAUCUUUCAAGCGGAAAGAAGCUCUAAAAAGACAUCUUGUGGCAUUACAUUCGGAAAUUAAGAAGACCCAAACGAUACAAUGUGAGAUUUGUGCGAAAAUUUUGUCAAGCACGGCGGCGUUGAAGAGACAUAUGAAGCAAACUCACGAUGCGGGAACGAAAAUCGUGAGCGACGAAUAUGAACAGGUCGAAAUUUUGCAUGAAAAUGAGGAGAAACGGGAAUUUUUUGUGGUAGAAGAGCAAGAUGUCGCACAGACAAUCGAAGUUUAUUCAUUCAUGAUCUAUUAAUGAAAAUCAAAACCAAAGACUUAUUUUUUAACGAUUAUUACCCAGAAAAGUUUAUUUCAAUUUUAACCUUACUUAAUGAUUAUUUUUACUUAAUAUUUUUUUUUCAAUAUCACGCUACGCUAAUAAUUCGUUAGGUAUUAUUGUAAUUUCCUUUACUUCUUAUCGUUAAAUAUAUUUUACUUGCAUUUUUAUAUAUUUUUUGUAUUUUUGAAGAAACAAAAGAAGAAGCGUGAUCGAAUUUUCUGUCUUAAAAGUUGUAAAGAUGUAAAGGAAGUCGUCUAAAAUGUCGUUAAAAUGGCGCUACAAAAAUUCUAUCAAAAAUGACUCAAACACUCAUCCGUCAAAUAUGUUUUUUUUUUGUGUAAUUUUU